AUGCCGCAUUGGAAGCGGAGGGUGCCGCUAUGGAGCGCAGGGAUGGAGGCCGCACUCUGUAUCCACACGUGCCUUUGGCUGAGCGCUGCCUGGAUCCCCCUCGCGUCGUCAGACGGACUGGCCUGCGGCGGGGAGUGCGCUCCUGGCACUGACGCCCGGCACAGCAAGCUGACUUGGGCUGUCAGCUUGGACGCGCCCGAGGAAGAGCUGGAGCAGCGGGCAGAGGAGCUGGCCCGGACUGCGGGGCUGGUGAACAUGGGCCGCGUCGGGGAGCUCAAGGGCCAUUACCUCUUCACCUACCAGCCCGACGGCCACGCGGCAAGCGAACCCGAAGCAAUAAGGAGGUCGGUGGACACUUUGUUUGCACAGCACGACAGCGUGCGGUGGCACUCGGAACAGAAGCUUCUGAAGCGCUCCAAACGCAGCCUGCACUUUAACGAUCCCAAAUACCCCCAGCAGUGGCAUCUGAACAACCGCAAGAGCCCCGGAAAGGACAUCAAUGUCACAGGCGUCUGGGAGCGGAACGUGACGGGGCGCGGUGUGACGGUGGUGGUGGUGGACGACGGUGUGGAGCACACCAUCAAAGACAUACAGCCAAAUUACAGCCCAGAAGGCAGCUAUGACUUGAACUCCAAUGACCCCGACCCCAUGCCUCACCCUGACGAGGAGAACGGCAACCACCACGGGACCCGCUGCGCCGGGGAGAUUGCAGCCGUGCCAAACAACAGCUUCUGCACAGUGGGAGUUGCCUACGGGAGCCGCAUCGCAGGCAUCCGAGUGCUGGAUGGGCCCCUCACCGACAGCAUGGAGGCCGUCGCCUUCAACAAGCACUAUCAGAUCAAUGACAUCUACAGCUGCAGCUGGGGUCCAGAUGAUGAUGGGAAAACCGUGGAUGGCCCCCAUCAACUGGGAAAGGCUGCCCUGCAGCAUGGCGUGAUAGCGGGUCGCAGGGGCUUUGGGAGCAUUUUCGUCGUGGCCAGUGGCAACGGCGGGCAACACAGCGACAACUGCAACUAUGAUGGUUAUGCCAAUUCCAUCUACACCGUCACGAUAGGCGCGGUGGAUGAGACGGGCUCCAUGCCGUUCUAUGCCGAGGAAUGUGCCUCCAUGUUAGCGGUGACCUUCAGCGGUGGGGACAAGAUGAUGAGGAGCAUUGUGACAACAGACUGGGAUUUGCAGAAGGGCACGGGCUGCACGGAGGGCCACACCGGGACGUCAGCUGCCGCUCCCCUUGCAGCCGGGAUGAUCGCGCUGAUGCUGCAGGUGCGGCCAUGUCUUACCUGGCGAGAUGUCCAACACAUCAUUGUCUUCACCGCCACCAAGUACGAGGAUCGUCACGCGAAGUGGGACAUCAACCAAGCCGGCUUCAGCCACAGCCAUCAGCACGGCUUCGGCUUGCUGAACGCCUGGAGGCUGGUGAACGCUGCCAAGAUCUGGGAGUCUGUCCCAUACCUCGCCUCAUACAUGAGCCCUCCACUGAAGGAGGGCAGGAGCAUUCCAUUACUCCCGCAGGAGCUGGAAGUCGCCUGGAACGUCACCACCGCCGACCUGGAGCUCUCCGGCAUGAGAACCCUGGAGCACGUGGCAGUCACCGUCACCAUAACCCACCCCCGCCGCGGCAACCUGGAGAUCAGGCUCUUCUGCCCCAGCGGCAUGAUGUCCCUGAUAGGGACCACCAGGAGCAUGGACUCGGACCCCAAUGGCUUUGCUGACUGGACCUUCUCCACGGUCCGGUGCUGGGGUGAGGAAGCAAAGGGCACGUACAGACUGGUCAUCAGGGACAUCGGAGAUGAGAGCCUGAGGCCUGGGACCUUGAAGCGGUGGCAGCUGACCCUGUACGGCUCCUCCUGGUCCCCAGCAGAGAUGAAGGAGCGGCAGAGGCUGCUGGAGGAAGCCAUGAGCGGGCAGUACCUGAGCAGUGACUUCUCCCUGCCCUGCCCUCCGGGGCUGGAGAUCCCCGAGGAGCAGCACUACACAAUCACAGCCAACACCCUCAAGACCCUCCUGCUGUUGGGAUGCUUUGCCGUGUUCUGGACUUUCUACUACAUGCUGGAGGUUUGCCUGACCCGCAACAAUGUGGGACUUGACCUGACCUGCAACGGCUCGACCGCCUGCAAAUGGUACCAGCAGGGAGGGAAGCACAGAGCCCUGGAGAGCGGCCUGGAGAUGGAGUCUGUGCCGCUCUACCGGGAGAAGGACAUCGAGGACGUCGAGAUGGAGUGUGAGCACCCAGAGCCGGCCCAGGAGGACGAGGGGGAGGAGGGGUCCUGGACCCCCACCCACCCCAAACUUCCCAGCAGCAGCAGAGCUGCGAGCUUCCUUGAGGCAGCCCCCGCCGGAGCAGGGUUCCUUGGCCGGGAGGCGACGGCCGAGCUCCUCUCGGACCACAGGGAGCACCAGACGUGCUAGCUGGGGCUGGGGGUUUGGGCUGUGUCCCUCCCACUCGGUACGUCCUCCCCAAGCACGGGCAGCAGAGACUUCCGGAGCCACCGGGGACCGUUGCCGUUGUGUUCUGCGGAAGGUGGUGUUGGAAGUGGCUCGGAAACAAGGAGAAAGAGUGCUGGCAGCGGAAGGGGAGGUAACCUUUCCCUCGCUCUGGAAAACAAAGCAAGCCUUAAACCCAUUCCUAACGGAGCCCGCCCUGCAGCGAUACUCAGGGCUUCCCUUUGUGCGUGGAGCAAGGCCCCGGUGCCGAUGCCGAUGCCUCCUGGGCACAUGGCAGCCCUGGCAGAGCUCCGCACAGAGACCCCUGCAUGCCACGGCUCCCGCGGCCUUGCAGCACAGGGAAGAAGUGUCGCUUUGUCCCCAAUUUCUGCAGAGUGAGCCUGGAAAAUGUGGCAGGGCCCCUGGCAGCUGCCUCUGCAGGCAGGGACCCCAACAGCACUGUCGUUUGCCUGCCCCGCUGGGCUAGGAGCUGGCCAGUACCCACCAGUUACGCCCAGCUUAGAAGCAGGGAGUCGUUUCGCCCAUCUCCAACCAGCGCUUGCCCCCUGUCCCCUGUGCUCUGACCCCACUGCCUCCUCCUCAUCUCCCGCAGGCACGCGAGCAGCUGUGCAGCUGGGGAGGCAGAAGGCAGCAGGGCUUUCUCGACCGUCCUGCUCAGGGGGGCUGGACGGGGCUGUUGCUGCUGCGGCGGGCACAGGAGUGCCCCUGGCAGCAGGUAUCGUGGCAGCGCCAGCUCGCUGCAGCCGCUUCCCCCAGGUGCCUCCCCGCCGCUUGCUGGGGCACCAGU